AGCCACCUGAAGCAACCUGCGACCAGCCAAAGGCGCUGAUUGACACGUGGCAGAAUGGUUGUUCGUGUCGCGUUGGUGCUGGUCUUGUCACUUUUCACUGGUGUUCUGUCCACCGGACCUUUGGAUGGUGCCAUAGUUUCAUUGGAGAUUCAGAUGGACGACAAGGUAUGCGUAGAGUGCCGGAAUGGCUAUGUUGCAGUCACGAAGUCAUGACGAGCAGACAAACCAACUGUGGGUCAGACGGGGUGGCACCAUUGUGAGUUUGGCGACUGGACAGUGCUUGGCGGCCAUCAGCGGUUCUGUCACAGUGGCGGAUUGCGAUCUCUGGUUCGGUGGUGACAGAGAUGUUGAUCUGAAAUGGACGUUGACUCCAUCACAGCAAUUGACGACGACAAACACGCAAAACCACCCCAACAGUUGCGUAGAUUGGCACCCAGGGCGCUCCGGGUUGAGCUUGCAGAGAUGCAAUGAUGGCAAGAACCAGCGAUUUGUUAUGGAAGCACGCAAAGUGCGAAUGAAGACAAUACUAGCUGAGGCCGAGGCCCGCCAGUGUUCUGAGUGUCCAAAGCUGACGUGUCCUGAGCCGGCCUGUCCAAAGCUGACGUGUCCUGAGCCGGCCUGUCCAAAGCUGACGUGUCCUGAGCCGGAUUGUCCGAAGUCAGUGCCCUUAGGGACCAUGUGGCCUGACCUAAAGACGGUGGCAGUGCAUGUGGCCCUGUUGAUCUACUUUUGGACAUGCAAUUCAGGACAAAAGACUCCAGAGAGCACGCAGGAGAUCAGGGUGCUUCAGGAUUUGCUUCAUGAAGAAUUGAACGAGCUGCGGCAGCAGCCGGGCGAGCUCGUUCGGGUGUGCGAGGAGUUGAAGAGGGAACUGAAGCAGGCUCACGGCAACUUUGCGGUGGUCAAUGGUCAGGAGACAUCUGUGAUGCAGCACAAGCUGGAUGAUCUAAAACACAUGAUGCAGGCCAUGUUUGCCAGUGAUGGUGCCGGAACCGGCGAUUCCUCUUCCAUAUGCACUUUCAGUUCCUGGACUCAUGUGGGCUCUUCCAGGUGCUGCUUCCUUCCUGAGACUUACCUCAAGGUGGUGACUGAAGACGGGGACGUGCCCAAGUUGGCCAGGAGGCUGGUUCAGGGCGAGGCGGUGCGUGCUGCCAACGGUGAGGUGAUGCAGGUCUUACACCCACCAGAGCAGCAUGAAGCCCGAGCCGUGGUGGAGCUGGGUGCGGGCAUGGCUUUUUUGGUGGUCAGCCCGGAUCAUCGCAUCCUCGUCCCGGGCAAGACGACAGUGCAGGCCAGGGAGCUGGCCCUGGGCAGCGACGUGAUUCUCAUCGACGCACCUGCGAAACUGAGCCACUUCGAAUGGAAGCUCGAGCCCAUGCUGGUGCUGAAGAUCAGCUUCAAGCCAGAUCUUCCGGUGGCGGCGUUCAUGGAACCUCCGUCCAUCUUGAGCAAAGGCUGUCGCAACAAGCCAGUGCUCCGUCGCGGAUUGAAGAAGAGACUCGCAAGCCACGCGGAGGUUCUGAGCAUUCCAGAUACCACUGGAUAUUUGAGUGACUAGUUCAGAAUGCUUGAGUGUGUGUAUGUGUCUGUAUGUGUUUGUUUGCGUUUGUCAUGUUGAAUGCAAAUGAUCUGUUUCCGAAACUUGUGCGUAGAUUGGAGGUACCGGCAUGCAGAGCUGGGCCAGGCCAGAUGUUUACCGCACGGUUUUCACACGGCAACUCCGAUUGAUCCACAUGUUGCGCACGCCAUGAUGCUGUGCCUUGAUGUGUGGGUCACAAUCCUUUUUGUAAUGUGAAUCUUG